GACGAUAACAUACACAGAGAGCGGAGGACUAACUGUGGGCGACUCUACAACGCUGCUGGUGACCGCAGACAUAUACAUAACGCUACCUGUAAGGUAAAGUCUGUCAUGGGUUAACGGGUUGUUACGCCAACGGCACAGACCCAUAUGUUAGCUAAAUGACAAGUUAACGGCAGGUUUAGUUGUCUUCAAUUAGCUGCUAGCUACAAGUGCUAACGUUAGGGCAAGUCAACGCCAGCUUGUGACACCCGCUGGCCUUUUAAAGUUUAAAUAUUGUGGCCAUCUGGCAUCGUUAUUUUUUUCCCUUUAGCCUGAGCUGUGAGCCGGUAACUAGCUUAAAAAGACUGAGCAUAUCUCCACUCUGUUUAUUAAACGACCUGACAGAACCAAAUGGCUUUUACUGUUUAAUGAGCCACUUAAGCUAGCAAUGCGUUCAACAUCUUUCCAGAAUACCGUUAGCUUGCCGGGUUAUUAUUGCACUUUGGGGUACAACUGUCCCCUGUUCAGCAGCCUCCCUGCACGUAGCAUACUGCAUUAUGAGUGAGCGUUAUGUAAAAGUCAAGAUUCACGUCGAGCAAAUGAAAUCAUUCGGAGAGGAUGCAGAGAAGCAGGGUGUGGAUGCUGAGGAGGAAGAGGAGCAGGUGGCCGUGUCUUCGUCCCCCCUUGCCCCUGUCUCCCCAGACCCGCCCAGCAUCACCAUAGCCGGGAGAGAUACGUCCAACACUUUUAAACAUAGGGGGAAAAGUCGAAUUAAGAUGGGGAAAGAUGACAAGAACAGUUGUGGCAAACACAGCUUGGAUGUGUCACUGCAUGGUGGGAGAAACGUGAAUAAACUAGGCCAUGAGCGGACACUUCACAUCAAAGGGACUGGGAAAAUACUGCAGGGCAAGAAUAAUGAGAAUAAUGGGGUCAGCAAGCAUCCGUCCAAGAACAUUCAAGAAGCACACCGUGAGGACGGAUUCAAGCUUGCAAGGAAGAGAAGGCCAGUGACUGUGGACACAUCCAAAGCCAAAACCUCCUUGGAGGCUCUGAAGUUGAGCAUCAGGCAGCUGAAGUGGAAAGAGUUCCCUCUGGGGAGACGAGCCCCCUGUGAUAUCUACUGGCAUGGCGUUUCCUUCCAUGACAAUGAAAACAUUGUCUCAGGGCAGGUGAACAAGUUCCCAGGAAUGAUUGAAAUGCUGAGGAAGAUCAACCUGAGUCGGGCAGUGCGGACAAUGCAGGAGUUGUUCCCGGAGGAGUACGACUUCUAUCCCCGCUCCUGGAUCCUGCCUGAGGAGUGCCAGCAGUUCUCCACACAGAUCCGCAUGGUGAAGGAGAACGAUGCCACGGUGAACCCCACCUUCAUUGUGAAGCCCGACGGGGGCUCUCAGGGCGACGGCAUCUACCUCAUUCGUGACCCCAGUGACCUGAAGCUCAUGGUGGGUUCACAGGCCAAACAGGCUGUAGUCCAGGAGUACAUCCAGAGGCCGCUGCUCAUUGACAAGCUGAAGUUCGAUAUCCGCCUCUACGUGCUGUUGAAGUCCCUGGAGCCACUGGAGAUCUACAUUGCCAAGGAAGGCCUGACACGAUUCUGCACAGAGCCCUACCAGGAACCAAGCCAGAAGAAUCUGAGCCACGUCUUCAUGCACCUGACCAACUACUCGCUGAACGUCCACAGCGGAAACUUUGUCCACUCAGACAGCCAGAGCACAGGCAGCAAGCGCUCGCUCUCCAGCGUGCUGUACAGGCUGGCAGCUAAAGGUGUGGACAUCAAGAAGGUGUGGUCGGACAUCAUCGCCCUCGUCAUCAAGACUGCCAUCGCCGUGGUGCCUGAACUUAGAGUCUACUAUCAGGCUGAAAUACCGCCUGGCAAACCGGGACCCACAUGCUUCCAGAUUUUAGGUUUUGACAUCCUGCUGAUGAAGAACCUGAAGCCAGUAUUAUUAGAAGUCAACUCCAACCCCAGUAUGAGAAUAGAACAUGAGCAGGAGGUGGCACCGGGAGUUUUUGAAUAUGUUCCCAGUCCGGUCGACGAAGAGGUCAAAGUGGGUGUGAUCAGGGACACUCUGCGCCUUAUGGAUCCCGGCCACAAGAGACCUUCAAUUUCUUACCUGAGGGCGGGUGGGACUGAACACGGGGAGGAGAUCCUGAUGGAGGCGGAGCCACACGAGAGGAGCCCGGAUGACGGAUCUCUGCCUUCUCUGUGUCUGAAGCAGGUCUACCCCAAGUACACCAAACAGUUCAACUACCUGCGGCUGGUGGAGCGCAUUGCAGCGCUCUUCAUACGCUUCCUGGGGGUCAAAGGCAACAUGCGCCUGGGCCCCACUGCCUUCAGAACCUUCAUCAGGACCUGCAAGCUGAGCAACAGUAACUUCUCCAUGGCUUCGGUCGACAUCCUCUACAUAGACAUCACACGUCGCUGGUCGGGAACACUGGCUGAUUCUAGGGAAGCAGGUAUGGGACUACAAGCCUUUGUGGAAGCCUUUUUCUACCUGGCAGCUCGCAGGUUCAAAUCCCAGCCGCUGAGGGAGCAGGUAGCGUCGCUGCUGGAGCUGUGUGAGGCUCAGCUGGAGUCCCCGCCGGGUGUAGAGGAGCGGCGCUCAGUGAGCUGCAGCAGGGCCAUGCCUCGCACCAUCAGGACUCAGACACUCACCCACCCUCAGCUCGCCUCCCCCGGCCCCCUGCGUCGGGCGGCCAGCCAGGACUACCGGCUGCAUCAGAGACUCAAGCCUCGCACUCUCAGGGCCAACCUGGAGAACUGAGGAGAGCGGGCUCCUUCGGGCGUCCCACUCCCAAACUCCGCCUGUAGCCCUCUCCACAGGAGCUGCAACAUUAGCAUUCCCUCCUCUCAGCUCACACACGCAGGGCAUGAUGGGAGCUGAGAGGAGGACUCGCUGGACCCCUGCUGGCUCACUUUGCGGGAGCACCGUUCUCAGCCUGAUUGCUUUUUCUCCAGAGGUGGGAGAUGACUGCAGGAGGUUGUUGCAUUUCUUCCUCCCCUCCUGCUGAGAUCAUAUAUGAACACCGUGGUCCAGUCAGGAGGACGGACGGCUGCAUUUAAUAAAUGUACUGAUUCCACAGGGCAGCUAUUUGCUUCCCUUUCUCCACAACAGCUCACUGAAACCAACUUUAUGUUCAGGGAUAAGAUGAGAUGCUCCAGCUUUAUUUUCAAUGGGGAUGCACGAUAUGAAUUAUUUUCAGCCAGCUCCGUUAACCGACAAAUCUAUGCUUCUUAACCUAUAAAAGGAUUUCACAUUUUUGUAUUUUUAAAGAAGUUCAUAUGCAAACAUGAAGGCUGGGAUGUAGGGAGCGAAGAUGGAUAACAUCACCAGGGUUUUUUCUAGAAAAAUAUAGUAUGAGGGUGAACAUUAUAGUCUAUACAUGUCUUAAAGCUGCUGAGUCAUAUAUUGCACCUCAAACAACAAAUAAAUCCAGAGUUACGAUUUCUUUACUUCCUCUGCAGAAACAAGGAGAGUAAAAGAAACUAAAUCAGAAAUCUCAGUUUCAGUUACAAAGCUGUCUCUGCCGUCUGACCAGACAUUUGACACCAUCUUCAUAUGUCCGGAGUGAUUAUACCGUUUCGGACCAACAGAAGUAUUGUUUUCUUCAAGGUUUCAAGGUUUCAAGGUUUUCUGGCAUCACUUUAACAUUUUACGAGGAAAAUCUCUAUUUUGGUUUGAGGGCGCACACCGGGAGUAAGAGGGCGCAGCGCUCCUGUUACCUGGUUUAGAUAAAACCCUGCUCACUAUUGCUAACACAAGAACAGUUUUUUAAAGAUAAAGGUGCGUCAAAUAACUUCAAUGUAAAUGAAAUGCUUUGACAUAAUCUGGCAAAUGUUAUUCUUCUUAAGAAAAGUAAAACAGUUCCCAUUAUUGACUGUUCUUAAUCGCCCUGUAGAUAUCGUGCAUCCUUAGUUACACACAUAAAUAACUGGGUGUGAGGGAGUGUCCUUAUAUUCUUGAAUUUGCACAACAACUCUUUGACAUUUGCACAGAGAUGGAUGAGAGGGUGACCGAGCAUGUGAGCACAAUGUGUACGUCAGAGUGUGUGUGUACUGUACUGUAUUUAUUUGUGUUUUCGCUCGAUGAUGAAAGCCUAUUUACAGCCAGUGGCUCGAUGUGCGUUGCACCUCCGUGAGCCCAUUAGUGAUGAGUUAAGUGAAUAAGUGUUCAAAGGGAAAAGGCCAUGCCACCACUUAUCCUCUUUUUCUGCAGCUAUUCGGGUCAGGCAGCUGUCAGACCUCCAGUUUUUAGGGUGAUCUCUCUGUAGACACACAGUUGCUAUGGGUAUUGAUUAUUGCAUGGCAGAAAUUGUCACAAUCAGAUGCAAUGUUCAUUAUGUCAUUCAGACAGCUUUUUGUAGUAAAACCUCAUCCUGUGUAUCGUGGCUUCACACAACAUGACAAUAAGAUCAUGGCUGUUAUUUUAAUUAAUUACACUACAGCGACUCACUGAACAUUAAUAUUUGAAUUGUGUGUUUGUCUCUUUUACACUUAUAUUAUUAAAUGCAUUUGUCACAUGCAGACUGACAAUGAUGUGUGACGUGUUACACACAAAAACCAUCACACUAGCAGAUGCAGAUCAGACAGUGAACUACACUGUCUGUGAGAUGUACUAUAGGACAAACAGAUUUCCUGCAGUAUGAUUGUUUCUAUGAAGUAGAUCUAUGAGAUUAUGAACAGUGAUUGAUCAUAUUGUAUUGAUAGCACUGCAGAACAAUAAAAGUCAUUUUGCUC